GCCAUAGAAGACGCAAUGGCUGCCGUCUUCUUCCACUGUCAAGUCUACAUCUUGUCAGUUCUUGUUAAAGUCGUCGAAAUCAAACAUUGGUUGUUAUGUGUGUGAGAUGUUAAAUGUGUAGAGUGCCGCGGCUCUCGUCGUUUGUACUAAAACUUGGAGCGAAAUUAAUCAGCACAUCGGUAUAACUUCCGGGGAUCGAGCUUCUCCGUUAUAUAUCGAACGAACGGCAUACUUGGCGAAACCAGGUUAUGUGAAGCUUGUGUUGAUUCCACAGUGGCGAGAUAUUUUCAACGUCGUAACAACACCGUUCGUGAAAGAUGUCGAACAGAAACGACGGCAGAGGGGAUCCUGGCCCAAUACCGCAAAGGUGGCUGCACUGUCCUAGAAAGGCGGUUAAACUGAUACAAAACAAGUUUCUGGCCUUCAAAACGCCGCUUUCGGGUCAUUUCGACGAGCAGGUGCCGGAAGAAAAUCGAUUCUCCAUAGACAUGUUAUUCGCUUCGCUUAGAAGUCAGAAAAUAAAGCUCGGCUUGUGGAUAGACCUGACUAACACUUCAAGAUUCUAUGACAAACGUGAAGUCGAGGCAAACGGAUGUAGUUACUUGAAGCUUCCGUGCAGGGGUCACGGCGAGACGCCAUCCGAGGAGCAAUCACAAACCUUUGCUCGGGUCUGCAAGAACUUUAUUGCCCAUAACCCGCUCGAGAUUGUUGGUGUUCAUUGCACGCACGGAUUCAACAGAACCGGGUUUCUCAUCAUAAGCUAUCUUGUGGAGAAUGAUGGUACAAGCGUUGAUGCUGGCCUCGCAGAAUUUGCUACUGCCCGACCUCCUGGUAUAUACAAAGGUGAUUACAUCAGAGAGCUUUUUCGGAGGUACGACGACAUAGAGGAUGCUCCUUCACCUCCCGCUCGCCCUACAUGGUGUCUGGAGUACGAUGACAGCGACGGAGAAGACAGAGACGAGGGCUCAAGUGCUGAUUCUAAUGCAAACAGCAAAGGGUCAGGAAAAAAACGGAAACGAGAGCACAAGCACAAAGAUCCCACCUUCAUGGCAGGGGUUCCAGGCGUUAAGCCACUUGUCGAGCAGCCAAAGUUGUCGAAAAUUCAGCAGAAAGUUCAGGAGAUGUGUGGCUGGGAAAGGUCAGGCUUCCCUGGGUCUCAGCCCGUCUCUAUGGACACUGAGAACAUCAAAUUGCUCCACAAAAAACCGUACAGAGUAUCUUGGAAGGCUGAUGGCACCAGGUACAUGAUGCUAAUACAAAGCAAUGGCGAGGUAUUCUUCAUCGACAGAGAUAACUCCGUCUUUCAAGUUAACGGACUUACUUUUCCACACCACAGAGCCAAUAACAGACUUCUCAGAGAUACUCUUUUAGACGGAGAAAUGGUGAUCGACAGAGUCAACGGCAAGGAGUAUCCGAGGUAUCUCGCCUACGACGUCGUUACUUACGACAAUACAGACGUCAGCAAGUUAUCCUUUUAUCCAGAUCGUUAUAACAUCAUAGAAAAGGAAAUAAUGGCUGGACGAUAUAAGGCACUGACAGAGGGAAGACUGCGUAGAGACCAUGAACCAUUUUCCGUCAGGCUAAAGCAGUUUUGGGACGUGACACAGGCACCGAGUUUGUUGAGCGAGAAGUUUGCGAAGCAACUGGGACACGAACCAGAUGGACUUAUAUUUCAGCCAGCUAAGGAGCCCUACGUUCCUGGACAAAGUCAGGAGGUUCUUAAGUGGAAGCCGUUGUCAAUGAAUUCUGUGGACUUCAAAUUGAAAAUUACCACCGAAUCGGGAGAAGGAAUUCUGCCGAGAAAAGUAGGCCAGCUUUUCGUCGGCGGGACAGACGUACCCUUCGCACUUAUGAAAGUUACUAAGUUAACUAAAGAGAUGAAUAACAAGAUCAUAGAGUGCAAUUUUGAAAAUGGGCAAUGGGUAUUCAUGAGGGAGAGAACUGACAAGUCGUUUCCCAACUCGUACAAGACUGCUGAAGCCGUGUGUCAGAGCAUUCAAAAUCCCGUUACGACCGAACGGUUAUUCGACUUCAUAAAGAGGCAUAGGUUCCCUCAGGAUGACGCAGAUCUAAUGCCUCCGCCGAACAGGAAACACAGAUGACAAAAUAACUAGGCACAUUUAAUGCGUUAUUCAAAUUUGUUAUCUUGUCAACACGAGCGGGGAGAGGCGUAGUUUUUGGUUUUUUUUUUUUUCAUCUCGAUUUGUUUCAACUGUGGUUUUUCGUUAGCCAAAAACUCUGCAAUUUUUCCUGCCAAUUUUAAUCGAACUUCAUAUUUGGCACGUUCACUUCCUGCUACCAUUAGUUAGCUAAUACAAAUAGACAGAUGAGUAAAGGGUCAACUUGGCGAAAAAAUUACAUCUAAAAUUCAGUCUAUCUGAAUUCUUAGGAAUCUGGCUACUGUUAGUGCACACUGCCAUAUUACCUUCGACUCACAUCAGUGGUUUCAUGAGUUCACUUAAUCGGCCUAAGGUUACAUGGCAGAAACAUAUCAAAAAAAUGCUUGGCCCUGGAACUGAUUAUGCUAUCUGUAUUAUUAGCUACCUACAUGAAUGUAAAGGAUUUAAUAAAUAUUUUUACGCGAUCAAACACCGAUAUAUUAGUGAUCGGAAAUUGCAAGAUUUCGUUAACUUAAGAUUAUAUAACACGUCUCAAUAGCACGACUGAUCGAAAUGAUGUAUUUUUUUUCCCCCGACCUCUACAUUGUUUUACAGAUAUUUUAGAAUAUCAUGCAACUGAAAUUUGUAACAAAUAAGAUAUUCAGAAUUGUACCAAAUAAAUUUAUUGGUAGAGUAAUAUAAACUUUAACGCAUGGUUUUUUUCAAUCUUUUUUUUCCAACACUUAUAGGUAUUUAAAAUAAUUAGUUAAAUUUAUAUUGCAGGUACAUUGGUUUUUAGUUAAAUCAAACGACAAUUUUGAAUCUUUUAUUGUACCAAUUAUACUCAAUUUAGAAUACAAAUUGUUAUCGUAUUUUGAGAUACCCUUGUGUAUGUCUUGUGUAACGUCUCCAUUGCAUUAUGUUUUCUAUUCUGAGCAUAACAAGAUAGACAUGAAGUAAAGUAAAUUGAGUAUGGAAUUCGGAAUUUCUCUCUUCAAUGUUUGCGGUUGAAUAUUUCACCAAUUUAAAUAUCGUCUCGUAAAUACAAGAUGAUGCCAGUUAAGAAUAGUGAUUACAUUACACAUGUUAUUCUGUCCAAGCGGCGUAUGUAUUAUAUUAUAAUCUAAAAUAUAAAUAGACUAAUCAUUUAUGUACUCAAGGGAUUUAUUAUUUUUUCAUCCUAUUGAAAUCAGUAGGCGAUUGUUGUUUUGUUCAUUAACAACUACAAUAUAUACAUUGAUACGUA